GUUUGGAGCCCCACUGUCCAAGGCUCUGCAGUCCAGCGCGGCGAGCGCUGCGACUUGGACUGUAGGGCUGCGUUUUACUCUCACAGAUGUAUUCCAGCAGCAGGGGGCUGCCGGCUGGGAAGGACUGGCAGUCCCGGUCCAGCAAGCAAUCGGAGUCCAGGUUCAGUGACAGAUCGCACACGUCGCGGUACAGGCCCAGAGAUCGGUCCAGGUCGCGAGAGCGCCGGCAUAGGUCGAGGAGUUGGUCGCCACGAGAACGCACUGAUCGAUGGCGACCGCCGCCGCGACGCCGCUCGCGAUCACGGCACCGCUCGCCGCCGCGGCGCGAUGAGCGGCGCCGUUCACGAUCACCACGCUGGCAGCGAUCGCCACCGCGGCCGCGCUCACCGCCGCGGCGCUACGAACGACGGCGCUCACGCUCACCACGCCGACAGCGCUCUCCACCACCACGAUACCGACAGCGCUCGCCCCCGCCGCCGCGGCGCAAGCCGCAGAGCCGGUCCGUGUCGCCGGUGGUCACGGCCGAGUCGACGGCCACCGUGGCCGACGCCGGUCCGACGCUCGACUCGGUGAUGCGCGCGCACCCGGGGCUCUCGGUCACCGACGCGCUCGAAAUCCUCGCGCGGAAGACGGGCAGCGCGGCCGACAAGGCCUUGGAACACCACGGACGCGAGGGCAAGCGCAUCUUCACGGAGGAGCCCACGGAUAGGAAAGGCGCGGUCAUGACUGCCGUGUUGUCCGUACGGCCUUCGUGCUGCUAUUUCCUGCAGGGCAUCUGCACGUUCGGUGAGCGCUGUGAACACGCGCACAUCAAGUCGACGCGGUGUCACUUCGGGCAUCGGUGUCGCGUCGGCCACGCGGCGCCGCUCGUCGAGUAUUGCAAUAUUACCACGGGCGGCGCGAGCAAGGGUGCUGGGAACUAAGUGUUGUGUGAA